AUGUCCGAAUCACCUGUUCGGCCCUCAAGGAGGGUAGCGACGCGAAGAAAAGUCGUCGUAGACUCUGACGACGAAGAAGAACAAAUACAGCCUAAGGUGGAGGAAGACAGUGAGGAAGACUUCACACCAGCACCGAAAAAAUCCCCUCGGAAGGCACCUGCGGGAAGGAGGAAGACUACAAAUGUUGUCGCGAGUACUCCACGUACUGGAGGUCGCGCAAGGAAAGGAGCUGCGAAGGAGAAUAUCGAACCAUCUGAGAUCUUUGACCCGGAGCAAACCGUUCAGCCUGAGCCAGAAUCGCCUUCAAAGAAGGCGUCGCCACGAAAAAGAAAGAGCGCGCCUGUGAGAUCUUCACGAACAUCAAUGACACCCGAGUUACAGCCACCACUACCAACCCCAGAAGCAUCAGCCUCUCCUGAGCCCUCCCAGCUCCAUGGAACGCCUCUUGCCGAUAUCACAGAGACUUUGAAUGACCGCCCUGGCACAUCAGGCAGCCAGAGUUCUGUGGUCAAACCAAUCAAUGCAAUGGACACAAUUUUGGAGCGGCCCAUGGAUAUCGUUUUGAAGUCAAGAUCAAUGGCGGCUCCUGUUGUGGAAGACACCGGACCCAAAGCCCGAAUCGUCAUUACUUACUUGAUACUUACAAACUUCAAAAGUUACGCUGGACGCCAAGAAGUUGGACCCUUUCAUGCUUCGUUCUCUUCCGUCGUUGGACCCAAUGGUUCUGGCAAGUCCAACGUUAUUGAUUCUCUUCUUUUCGUUUUCGGAUUUAGAGCAAGCAAGAUGAGACAGGGCAAGAUCUCAGCUCUUAUUCACAACUCUGCUGCAUUCCCCGACCUGGAUCACUGCGAGGUAGCGGUGCAUUUUCAGGAAGUCAUGGAUCAGCCAAAUGGGCCACCUGCAAUCAUUCCAAACUCGGAUCUUGUGAUCUCUCGACGUGCUUUCAAGAACAAUUCCAGCAAGUAUUACAUGAAUGGCAAGGAAUCAAACUUCACUGUGGUAACCACUCUUUUACGAGACAGAGGUGUGGACUUGGACCACAAACGUUUCUUGAUUCUUCAAGGUGAAGUCGAAUCGAUUGCUCAGAUGAAACCAAAAGCUGCAAGCGAGCAUGAUGAUGGCCUUCUCGAGUAUUUAGAAGACAUUAUCGGCACAUCAAAAUACAAAACGCCGAUCGAGGAGUCAGCCACCGAGGUUGAAACGCUUAAUGAAGUCUGCGUCGAGAAAAGUGGGCGUGUUCAACAUGUUGAGAAGGAGAAGAAUAGCCUAGAGGACAAGAAGGACAAAGCUCUCGCAUUCAUCAGGGAUGAGAACGAGUUGACUGUGAAACAAGCUGCUCUCUAUCAGCUCUAUAUCGACGAGUGCGGUGACAAUAUCAAUGUUACCGAAGAAGCAAUCAGCCAGAUGCAAGCCCAAUUGGACGCUGAGCUUGAGAAGCAUAAGGGCAACGAAGAUGGGAUCAAGCAGCUCGACAAGCAGUACAAGAAGGGGCAGAAGGAGCUUGAAAGUCUUGAUAAAGACACCCAAGCUAUCGUUAAAGAGAUGGCAAAAUUCGACCAAGAACAUGUCAAGUUUGAGGAGAAAAGGAAAUUCUUGACGGGGAAGCAAAAGAAGCUAGAGAAGACUAUCAGUAGUUCUGAGACUGCUGCCGAAGGCGCCCAAGCCACGACUGAAGAGUGCACUGCGGAGAUUGAAAAGUCCGCCCAGGAGAUUACUGCCAUGGAAAAACGGAUGAAAGUAGAGGAAAAAGAACUUGCAGUCAUCCGUGAUAAUCUUAAAGGCAAGACCCAAGCAUUCUCUGACCAGAUUGCGGCAAAGCAAAAGUCCCUGGAGCCAUGGAACGAGAAGAUCAACCAAAAACAAUCUGCAAUUGCCGUAGCGGAGAGUGAGCUGGCUAUUCUCCAUGAAAAAGCGAAUGCCGGCGCCGUUGCUCUCGAGGAAACUCGGGCGAAGCUCGCUAGUAUCGAAGAAGGCCGGGAAGCUAAGCUGGCUGAACUCGAAGAAUGCAAGAUGGAGAGAUCUAGGCUGGAGAAGGAAGCUGCAAAAGUUGAAUCCGAGCUCCAAAACUUAUCUCAGAAGGAGCCUGAACUCCGAUCGAAACUGUCUGGAGCUCGUCAAAAGGCAGACGAGGCACGAGCCAGUCUUUCGAAUACGCAGACACAGGGCAACGUUCUUACCGGCCUUAUGCGGCUGAAGGAGUCCGGGCGUAUUGAUGGAUUCCAUGGCAGACUUGGAAACCUUGGUACCAUUGAUCAGAAAUACGAUGUUGCCAUCUCGACGGCUUGUGGAGCGCUCGACAACUUUGUUACUGAUACUGUCGAAGGUGGACAACAGUGCAUUGAGUAUCUGCGAAAAACAAACCUCGGAAGAGGUAACUUCAUGUGUCUUGACAAGCUUGGAAACAGAGACAUGUCCCCCAUCGACGCACCUGAGAACGUACCUCGCCUCUUCGACUUGAUUAAUGCUAAGGAUGACAGGUUUCGACCUGCUUUCUAUCACUCGCUUCAGAAUACUUUGGUGGCAAAAGAUCUUGAUCAAGCCAACCGAAUUGCAUACGGAGCAAAGCGAUGGCGAGUCGUGACUCUCGACGGUCAGCUCAUUGAUAAGUCUGGCACCAUGUCAGGAGGUGGAAACAAUGUGAAGAAAGGCUUGAUGUCCUCUAAACUUGUUGCGGAUACUUCAAAGGAGCAAGUUGCGAAGCUUGAAGUUGACAGAGACGGAUUGGAACAGGAGUUCCAGAAGUUCCAAGACCGUCAUAGGGAACUUGAGUUAUCGCUUCGAGAUCUCAACGACCAAAUUCCUCGCCUUGAUACUAAGAUGCAAAAGAUCGGUCUUGAGGUGGAAAGCUCCGCGCGAAAUCUGGCUGAUGCCCAGCGCCGCAUCAAAGAGCUGAGCAAAGAACACCAACCCUCCAAGACAGAUGACAACAGAGUCGCAUCUCUCGAGAAGGAAAUCUCCAAGCUCAACAAGGAGAUUGAGAAACUGCACAGCGAGACCGCAAGCGUCGAGCAAGAGAUCAAAGCGCUCCAGGACAAGAUCAUGGAGGUUGGUGGCGACCAGCUUCGUGCACAGAAAUCCAAAGUCGAUGCUCUGAAGGAGGAAAUCAGCAGCUUGAGCGAGGCGAUAUCGACAGCUGAAGUGACAAGAGCGAAAGCUGAAAAGCAGAAGACCAAACAUGAGAAAGAUCACGCGAAAGCCACCAAGGAACUUCAGACUGCGAUCUCUGAUCUCGAAGCUCUGGAGGAGGACAUCCAAAACCAAAGCUCAAAUGCCGAGGGCUAUCAAGCCCGCGUUGACGAGGCAUCGGAGGCUCUCAAAGCAAAGAAGAAGGACCUCAAUGCCUUGAAGGCCGAGUUAGAUGAGAAGACUGGCGUUCUCAACGAAAUUCGAGCCAUCGAGAUUGAAAUGCGUAAUAAACUCGAGGAAAACCAGAAAGUCCUCGGCGAAAAUCAGAAGAGACUGAGAUACUGGCACGAGAAGUUGAGUAAGCUGUCUCUUCAGAAUAUCAGUGACCUGGGCGAGGAGACCGAGGCUCAGGAAUUACCAUCCUAUACCAAGGAUGAAUUAGCGGACAUGAGCAAGGAUACGCUGAAGAGCGAAAUCGCUGCUCUGGAGGAGAAGACUCAAAACGUCAACGUUGAGCUUGGUGUUCUAGCCGAAUAUCGCCGAAGAGUCGAAGAGCACGCUGCGAGACAUGCCGACCUACAGAGCGCUGUUGCUCAGCGUGAUUCGGCAAAGAAGCGUUGUGAUGAUCUCAGACGUCUCCGUCUGGAGGGCUUCAUGGAAGGUUUCAGCACCAUAUCCCUUCGACUGAAGGAGAUGUACCAAAUGAUCACCAUGGGAGGAAAUGCUGAGCUCGAGCUUGUCGAUUCCUUGGAUCCUUUCUCGGAAGGCAUCUUGUUCAGUGUUAUGCCACCCAAAAAGUCGUGGAAGAACAUCUCCAACUUGUCUGGUGGUGAGAAGACUUUGAGUAGCUUGGCGUUGGUUUUCGCUCUGCAUCACUAUAAGCCGACUCCGCUGUACGUCAUGGAUGAGAUUGAUGCUGCCCUGGAUUUCAGAAACGUCUCGAUCGUUGCCAGCUACAUCAAGGAACGAACGAAGAAUGCCCAAUUCAUUGUUAUUUCACUUCGAAAUAACAUGUUCGAGCUUGCUUCUCGCCUGGUUGGAGUGUAUAAAGUCAAUCACAUGACUAAGAGUGUCACGAUCGAGAACAGAGAUUAUAUCAACGGUACGGCUGCUGCUUGAGAAGGAGGACGUGUCGAGUAUUGGUGUAGGAUGAGAUGAUGACGGGAUGAGGUUGGGUUGGGUAUACAAUGGUGGUGGGGGCCUGCUUUUGGCGUUAGGGUGUACGCAUAUAAUGGAUCACGAUAGCUUAAUGAGCCUUCCUUCAUCGUAUGUUAUGGCAUGUUAUACAUCACAAGUUGCUAGGAGCUACUUAUCGUGAAACAGAAUGUCGUCCAACUAUCAGACUGUCACGAGUUAAAUACAAAAUGUCUCAGUAGCUUUUGCAGCUCCCCUGCAGCAUCAAUUUGUAUCCACAAAUGGCACCGCACAUCCCAUGCCCUCCAGACCAAUGCCUACUUCGUACUCUCAACAAGCUUCUCCGCCAACCAAUCCGGCUGACUCAAAAAUGGACUAUGGCUCGCACUGCAUUUCUCAACGACAUCAAAUGAAUUUGGCGCAGCCUGCUUCGCGCCAGCGAUCAUGCCCUCCUGUCCUGGCAAGGGAAUCGCGUUGUCGUUCUCGCACAGGAUAUACGUACUGGGGAUAGUCUUCCAAGGCGCAGCUGUCACUGUCGAUGCAAAUGCCAGGUAGGAAUGUUGCUUCAGAGCAGCGAUGUGCUUCUGCGCUUCCGAAUCCGAGAGAUCAUUGUAGAAGAUCUCUUUGGGGUUCCCGGGAUUAAUUGCGUCGCCCUGGUGGAUAAUUAAGUUCAGCAAGGUCGUGUCUAGGCUCAGAAGACUGUUCUUCCUCCCAAUGUCUGACAUAUAUUGAUGGAUAAUAGGAGGGGAAGUGCAGAACUCACGUCAAUCUCAAACCACGGCAAUGGCUUAAACCCUAACGCUGCCAUCAAACUCCCUCCCUCCGGCAGGACAAAUGCCGCCACAAACACCAAACGUCGAAUCUUCCCCCAGCCCUGCUCUCCACUUUUGCCAGUCUCGUGCUCAUUCACAUACUCUUUCAGUGCCUCACAGCCGACAACACCACCAUACGAAUGGAAAACCAUUACGACAUCUUUACCGGUAGAUAGCACCUUGUUGACGACGUCUCUAAUUGCGAGUACGUCAGGGUCGAACGAUUUGAGGGGUGGAUCGGCUCCGACGGUCUAUGAAAUCAUCAGCUUUUUGAGUGUCAAGAUCAGGCUCAGAAUCAGGAUCUCGGUCCGUCCUAAGACGCCGAUCCUAACAUGCGUCUUCGAUCCAAUUCUGGAUCAGAGGAAACAAGGCAAGGGAAACACAUACGGGUAAGUCGACGCCGUGGACGUCGUAUCCGGCUUUGGUGAGGAGGGUGGUUGUGGGUGAGAAAGAGUCAGGACUAUGCCCUGGAGAGAGAUUAGACCUUGAUUUGGAACUUGAUAUACAUUGUCGAGUAUUUGGAGGAUGUCAACUCACAAGCACCAGGGACGACGACAAAAUCGGGUUUACUGGACAUGAUGCCAACAGAAUUCAUCGAGAUAAUAAGCGAGGAAGUCAAUAUUCAACAGCCCAAAGGAUCAAUCGAGUGAAGGGUGAAAUCUAGGAAGAGAAAAUAGAAAGUUGAGAGAAGGUCCAGCAAGAAAAGAUGAGGACAAGCUCGACUUAUAUCUAGUUGACCUUCUCACCUACCCCGCUAAUCCCACCAACGCCUAAUAUCCGAUGAAGAAGCUCUCUCUAGCCAUAGCAAGAGCCUAACAGGUCUCAGGUGUGGAGGGGUCAACAGGUCAGGAAGUGGCAGCUAAGUUCCGUUAGCCACCCAGCUAAGCUGCCAGACAUUCGGUUAGUGAGGUAUAUCAGUCUUGGCCAACACCCCAUUCGAUUGUUGAAUACUCAGCUUCUCCAAGAACUCGAAAGGUUUCGACUUCAAAUCCCAAGGUCAGUCUUCAACUUUCUACAGUAUGCCGGGAUGCAAGGAAUCAACGGACGCGAAGAUGCAAGAAGUUCACUUAGAAAGUCCCACGCAUCCCUUCUCUGGUGCCGCGGCUAUCGCAUAGUCUUUGGGCACAAUGCAAACUUACCAACCUGCUCUAGGCGCCUGACGCCCAUGCAGCACAGCUUCCAAAGAUCCGUCACCAAAACCUCACUCCUCUGUGUCAGACAGGAGGGUCUCCUCUCGCACAUUCGUCAUAUGACUUCUCAUAGGUAUAACUCACUUACCUACAGCAUAGCAGCUGUCUACCUUCUGAUUGUAAUUCUCUUCUCUUCACAUCCAUUUCACAACUGUAAACUCCUUGGUACGGAACAUCUAUUCUACCAAACCCUCGGUUAUCAACUUCAAAAUCUGGACCUGCUUCCUCCUCUCACCACCAGUUCCCCAACCAAUCACCAGUCAGCGGAAACGGGGAAGCAAGCGUCGGAUGAGGACCUGGCAAUUACGGAUGCGGGACAGCAUCCCCAAUCCAACCCAGCUCAUGGAAACCUACCUAUCGCUAAAACCUGAACAUCACGACACGGAAUGAGACUGAUGACCUGAGAACUCAGCUGAGAACUCAGGGAGGUGGGCUUUCACACUAAGACAAACCCUAAGUAUAAGUAUGAGUGCAAGACCAUAGUCAAGCUUGCUACUCGAGUCUGUCUCAUAGCUGCCACUUCAAAUGUAUUCCCCUAAUCAGGUUUGUACAACCUAUGCUCAAUAUCCCACGCAGGUACCCGCUCACCCGUCUAUGCGCCUCCUGUCUAUCGUUCCAACAGUUUGGGACAACCAAGAUUUGAGACUCUGUCAUAAAUGACAGAAGUCG